AUGAUCCGCUAUGCUUGCCAGGCCGAUGAUGAGGAUCAUGAGGUCAAGAUCGUCCAUGCAGCGAUCGAGCAGCAUUGUCGCGACUGCAUGAACGCGAUCAACACUCGACACCUCGAUGUGAACACGUACCCAUGGACGAAAGUGGCUCCCGACUUCUAUAUGCUCAAUCCCACGGGAGACCGAAGGCAAGCAGUAUCUAGAGCGGACGCAUUGCACGAUCUACGACUCAUCAACGAAGCCAAUCCGCAACAUCGUAUACGUAUCGCCGAAAUGACUGUAAAUAUACGCCACAAAGACGGCGAGAAGAUCGCAGAAGCAUUCAUGAACGCGGAAGUUACAGGCUUGCCAGGACUGGGCGAGGGUGUUGCUAGGAAGACGGUUUCAAAAGUUGAGUAUAGACUUAUUGAUGGUGAAUGGAUGGCUGUCUCGGAGUCGACAAUGGAUGGCAUGGGCGCUUUCAUACAUCCGUUGGGCGAAUAG